AUGUCAGUGCAAGGCUUGCUCAAAUCGCCUUCUAUAUGCGAGGAGAAACGGGUCCCGGGGCCCAGACUUGUCGCGGUUGGCCGAAAGAUUGAGUCACAUGGAAUUGAAUUCACAGUUUAUGGAGACAAGAGGAGUCAAGCGAGGCUAAAUGGCCGCAAACGGCAUCUGCGCGCGGAUCAAUGGGGCAGAGAGAUUGACACGCAAGAAUGUGUAUUCAAAAGACGGUCGCUUCUAUCAUCCGACAGCAUCACUAGCAUCAUAUACCAGAAGUCAUCCGCGGCAAGAUCGUCAGUAACGCACGGCAUGCUAGGUUUCACGCGGGAGGUCAUCCUCAUCAAUAUGCGGGAGGCCCUCCUCGGCGUGAAGCAGGAGGCCCUCCGCGCCGACAUGGAUCAUCUGCAGUGA